CAUGUGUAAACCUAACCGCUCCACACCUCGGCCCAGCCCAUCGGCCGCCGCGCCCCAAACCCCGACGUCUCGCGCUACUUCGCACGCCGCCCGCUAAUCCCUGCACGCAUCCCAAAUCUCUCACCACCACCGAGCUGCGCCUGCGCCGGCCGCAACCCCGCCAACUCCCCCUCCACACUCCGAGUAGAUACUCCGAGUAACGCGCCCGCUGCGAGAAACACUCCAACACCGCAAGCGAUACCGCAAGCGAUACCGCAAGCGAUACCGCAAGCGAUACCGCCAAGCGACGCCGCACAGCCGCGAUGAACACACCGGGCGCCUCGAUGCCGCCCGCGGCCGCGCCAGGCACGGCGGACAGCUACAUCAUCGGACACAACACGCGGCCAGCGAACCCGACGCCGCUGUCGGCGCCGCAGGAGCAGCAGGUGCGGGAUCUGUACUACAAGAACGUGCGGGCGAAGUGCGCGGCGGAGAUUGAGGCCUUCGCCCAAUGCGCCCUCGGCCGCACCCUAACCAUGAUCUACGCCUGCCGCGCCCCGCGCCUCGCCAUGAACACCUGCAUGCUGCAGUACCAGAACCAGGACUCGCUCGACGCGGCGCGGAGCGAGUGGUUCGCGCUCGCCGAGGAGCGCAAGGCCGCGCGGCUGGAGCACAAGCGCCGCUUGCUGGAUGCGCGCGAGAAGCACAAGGAGUGGUGGAAUCUGGAUGAUGGGGGGCGGCUGCAGGGGCAGGGCGCUGAGGUGGUUAGGCGGGAGGAGAAUAAGGUGGAUGGAGGGGGGCAAAUCCCGGUAUCCACGACCUGUAUCGCCGUUCCACACCCCGCCCACAGGACUAGGCGUCUCUGCCAGCACUCAGCGCCCAACUUCUCAGCACCGCACCCUCUGUUCUCCCGCCCGCACGCCGCAGCUCCAGACAGUCCUGGUGUGUGUGGGCCACACCCAGCACCCCGGCUGCUAGCUAGCGUGAGGGACGAGUGAGCGUGGGGGGUGAGUGCUUGUCUACCUACAUGAGCGCAGCAGGCGCCGUAGGUAUUAUAAGUGCUACUUACAAAGUUUUACAAGUAUUACAAGUAUCACAACUCCCAGCAGCUCAACGCAAGACGAUAUGAUAUGAUAUAGUAUGCCACACACGACACAGUAUGAUACACAUAACGCAGCCAGAUAUAGCACAACACAGC